AUGGUGGAURUUUCUGGAAUAAAGCUGAUCGACAAACUUCAAAUCAAGUUCACGAAACCCAGGAAGGUGGUGUUGRUCCUGGCCGGACGCUUCUCUGGACGCAAAGCUGUCAUUGUGAAGAACAUUGAUGAUGGCACAUCAGACUGUCCCUACAGCCAUGCUCUGGUGGCUGGAAUCGACCGCUAUCCCCACAAAGUGACAGCUGCCCAGGGCAAGAAGAAAAUUGCCAAAAGGUCCAAGGUGAAGUCUUUUGUGAAGGUUUGUAACUACAGUCACCUCCUGCCCACAGYUGCUCUGUGGGUAUCCCCUGGACAAAACUGUCAUCAACAGGAGGUCUUUAGAGAGCCUGCUCUUAGACGUAAGGCCAGUAGGAAGACCAAGGUGAAGUUUGACGAGAGGUGCAAGCCGGGCAAGAACAAAUGGUUCUUCCAGAGCUUCAGGACAGUCUCUGAGAACAGUGGGCAGGUCGGCACGCUGCUGCUCUCCCCCUGGAGGAAGCUGGAGUGGGAGCUGCUGCCAGGAGAAGCUGCAGGCUCCUUGGUUGAAGUCCUGGCUUUCUUCUUCUAG